AUGGAUAGUAGUCGCUAUGUUCAAGCUGUUCAAAGUGCCUGUGGAGAACUUGCAGACAAAUUCGAUGCACUGGCAAUGUACCAAGGUGAAAAAGCAAUGUUCACAAGUCCCAAUUGGAAAGGUACUCCCUCCGAUGUGAAGUCGUAUGUUGAUGCUUGGAAAGAUUCAUCUAUUGAGUCGAUCACCUACAAGGGUGACACAUAUAGACUUCAUCCAAGAUCCUAUGAUAAUGUACUCACUUCUAUCAAUGAUGACAAAGGACAUGUCAUGAUCAGAUUCGAAGGUCAAAAAAUGAUGGUAGCACAUACCACAAACUUUUUGAGUGUAAAUGAAUUUUGGUUGGAACCAAACAACUUUAGUGCUGCUUUUAAAGCUGCAGAUGCAUUUUCUGGUUUUUGCCAAGUUUCUGGUGCCAUUGCAAACAAAAAGAAAAAUAGUCUUUCUUUCAUAACAUUGAUAAAUAUGUCUGUCUCUGUAUUCUUUGAUCUCUCAGAUAAUACAAUUAUUAAUAAUGAUAAUGAGGAUAUAAUCACAUUUAAAUCAACAUUGUGCAUUGAACAUCAAAGACAAUGUGAAUUCCUUUGUUUCGAUUGCACAGUGUUGCUUUGUUCUAAAUGUAUAAUCACCAAACACAAAUCUCAUCAAAUCGAUGAUGCUGAUACUAUAUCACAAUCAAUCAUUACUCACUAUAAUGAUAAUGAUAUUGAUAAUAUAAUAUUUAGAAGAAUGCAAUCAAUAUUAAAUAAUCUAAAUCAAUAUAAUAAUCAAUUGAAUCAAUACAAAGAAAAAGAAGAUGUUAUCUCUAAAUACUACAGAGAUCUACAUGACCACCUAAUGAUUGAAGAGUACAAACUAAAGAAACCUUUCAUCGAUGAACGAGAAAGAAUAAAAUCAAUCAUUUCAAAUCUAUCAUCACAAUUACAUUCUUUAUCAUUAACAAUUAGAGAUAUAAUAGAUAGUAAUAAUAAUAAUAAUAAUAAUAGUAAUAGUAGUGGCUAUAUUAGUAGUGAAAAUAUAAAUGGUUCAAAUGAAUUAAAGUUUUCAAAUAAUAGUAAUGAUAUUGAUAUAGCCGAUAAUCUCUGUAGUUUUAAUUGUAUUAUAAGUUAUUUAAAUAGUUUAAAUAAUAAUAAUAGUUAUUAUAAUAAUAAUAAUAAUAGUAAUAGUAAUAAUAAUAAUAAUGAAGAAUUACUUUAUAAAAUAAAAUAUUAUUUAUAUCAAUUAAGUUGUAAUAAUAAUUGUAAACUGAUUGAUUAUAAGAGUAUCAAUGUAGAGUUGGAGGAUAUAGAGAUAGUUAAGCAAUCACUUUCAUCGAUAUAUGAUAUUGAUAUCAAUUCAAUAGAUGAUAGUUCCAAAAGAAGUGUAAUCAUAUCAUCAAGCAUUGGAGGUGGACUCUACACACUGGAUGCUGCUCCAGCAACAAGUGGUCGUCACAGUAUUGAUUAUAGAUGGAACAAAAUAUUCAAUGAUGAUUUCAUUGAAAAUCAAUGUUUAUUGAAUAGAACUCUGUUUGUGGAUGGCCGUUAUCUCUAUUGUUUUGGUGGAAGUAAUUUAAUAUCAAAGAAGCUGGAAUUCUCUCGACUUUGUCUGGACAACCUCAACACACACACUCUGCUAGCUUCAGAUUUGCCUUUGAAAUGGGAGGUUGUCGAAUCACAAAAGAGUUGUCCACCGAUUGGAGCGCUCGGUUCCUCUAUAUGCUAUGAUGAGAGCAGUCACUCGGUCUAUGUGAUUGGUGGUCUGACGCCACAGAUCGUUGCCAAGUCUACCUACCAAUCAAAGAUCUACCAAUUCAACUUACAAUCACGACAACUCAGCGUCUUUGGUGAGAAUCCUAAUCCAACGGUGUGUAGUAGCUGCUUUGUAAGUGAGAGAGUCAUCUAUAUUAUCGGUGGCUUGAACACCGACUUCAAGGAGAAUCGCUCGUUGGUAUCGAUUGAUAUCGAUACCGAUAACCAUCAGAGAAUUCAAAAGAUAUUAAAUUUGAACCACGACUAUUCAAUGGUGGCAAAAAAGAAUCAUAUUUAUCUUAUGGGCGGUGCAGAUUUUGGUAAUCACAAGUACUCAAUCAAACGCAACCAUUGGGUAACAAUCAAAGAUAAUGAUAUUAUGCACCGUAAUGGAUGUGCUUCUUUUACUUUUGAACUACAAUUACAACAACAACAAAUACAAAACAACAUAAAUAUUAAGAAUUAA